AUGACCUAUCAUGAAUUGGAGGAUUUUGCGGAGUACCUCAAGAAGACGUCACAGCUCAGCCCUACGCUAAAAAAAGGCGUUGAUCCUGAUGUGGACUAUGACGAAGAUGAGGUUGUAUCUGAUCAUGCUUGGGAAGAAAGUGGUAAGUUUGAAGGUGACCUGAUCUUAAACGAGCGUCAGCGGCGUCUCAUAGUUGAAGAUGUAGCGGAGGGCCUCGCUAGAAACGGAAUUAGUGAUGGAACUAAGAGAUGGCCCAACAAUGAAGUCAUUGUCUAUAUUCAAGUAGAACAUUUCACUAGCGAUCAAGUACAAGCAAUUCAAAAUGGAAUAGAAGAUCUUGCUCGGGCCUCUUGUGUCAAGUUCCGUCCCUACAGGAAAGGAGAUCGUGAUGCCGUUGUCAUACAGGGUAGUCGAAGAGGUUGUUUUUCUCAAGUGGGCUACCAAGGCGGCUAUCAGGUGUUAAACUUAUCGGGUCGGCAUCCAGUUGGACGCGGUUGCUUCCGACAUGGGACAGUUGUUCAUGAGUUGCUGCACACCCUUGGAUUUUAUCACAUGCAAAGCAGUCCAGAUAGAGAUGAUUAUGUCGAUAUUAUCUGGCCAAACGUAGUUCAAUCGGCGAGACAUAACUUUCGCAAAUACAACUCGUUCUCCGUGUCAGAUUUUGGCGUGGGUUACGACUAUGACAGUGUCCUGCAUUAUAGCCGACGAGCUUUCUCCGUCAAUGGCCAGGACACGAUUGUUCCAAAACAGGCUGGUGCUCAAAUCGGGCAAAGAAUAGGACUAUCAGAUAAAGAUGUACAAAAACUGAAUAAAAUGUAUUGUGAUGCUGAGUCAGAUAAUGGACAAGCAGACGAAAAUGUUACGAAGAAGACAGAAACUAAAAAGAAGAAAGGCAAGAACAAACCAUUUGAUGGACAAGGACUCGGCUAUCAUCAAGGUAAAGCCGUGGUUUUCAAACUAUUACCAGCUGCCGAAACUUAUAAGUUACCUGACGUACCAAGUUUUCAUGUAUUUGAUUAUUUUAGUAAAGAGCCGCAAAUCAUGUCGACGUCGGAAAACGAAGGUUUUCGUAUUGGAAAAGAAAUAGCAUAUUCCUACAAUCCACCUGAACCUAUGACUGCAAGAGAUGUUCAUGUACCGAAACAUUUGGACCAUGGCCAUGAGAUAAAAUUACAAAAAGAACAGACUGAAAACGAGGAGCAGAAUGAACAUAAAAAUGUAGCAGAAAUAAAAUCUGCAAAUAGUAAAAAUCACAAGCAUUUAAGUAAUUCUGAAACGGCCGUUGAGGUCCCUAUAAUUGAAGGUCACACUAGUCAAUCCGAACCAGAGCAAACUGAUACAGAUUUAAUUGAUGCAUUUGAUCGACUGUCGAAAAUCAUAAGAUUGCACGUGUAUCCCUCUCAAACGCCAGAUCUAAGUAUUUAUAAAACGAAUAGUCGGUACACCGAUCAAUAUAAUUCUUUACAAAUCAAAGAUCAGGGAGAGAGCGAUAAACUUGUGUCUCCCUCGCAAACCCAAAAAAGCAAGCCACAUAGAGACGAAAUGCAUACCACUGUUAAAUUUAUAAAUAAUAUGUAUGAUUUUGAUUCCGAAAAAUCUAUAACGACAAAACUAAUAGAUGGCGAUGAAUAUAACAAAGAUAAAAACGAGAUGAAAGAAGCUGUGAAAAUUGUACCUGAUCAAGAAAACCAUUCAUUGCCAUGGUAUAAAAAUUAUAAAGAUGAUUACACUUCUACGCCAGAUUUUGAAUCUCCUGAAAAUUAUCAAACCAGGAAAGCUUAUUCAAGUAUAGGUUUUCCAAAAGUACUCAAGGAUGAAAAGCCACACAAUGAAGAUGACUGGUAUCAAAAGUAUGUUAGAUAUUAUCCAAAUGACGAAUAUCAUGAUUAUUCUAAAGACAGCUCUGAAGGACUCGGAUAUACUGGUAUUGAGAAAGAAAGUGUAAAUAGUCCUUCAGUUGCAAAAAGAGAAAAACAUGAUUAUUCGAUAUAUCGCGUGCCAGAACAAGCGCAAAAAUGGUACAGUAAAGAUUUCAGUCAUGAGAAAAGAUAG